CCCCUUUCUUGACCCUCAACCAAGAACUAAUCUAGCUUACGAAUCGACCUCAGGCUCAGAGUGUACAAAUAUCGGCACGGAAACCAAUCCAUUUAAGAUUCCUCGCACGCCUUGGAAGCCAUAUUUGGUUUCCAGGCCCCAAAGGUUAGACUAAGGUGGCCCAAAAUCACUGACCGGGGCAAUGAAUCCAAAUUCUUCUUUGGAUCCACAAGCAAAUAAUGCCACCCAAUUCCUCAUUUGUAAGAAGUUAUUUGUGAAAUCUCCUGACCCGUUUGUGGGCACAGGUAAUGACGAGCGGUUUUACACAAGAAAGGUUUGUUCGAAAACAAGGUUCAAGGUGUCAGUCUAACGCCCUUGGAUGAGAUAUCGAUCAUUCAGGCCAACACCGUCGGAGAGUCUAAAAGAGUGGUGGACAAGUACUUGGCUACUAGGGGAGCUAACCCCUCGCUUGCUUUGGAAAGUAUUUGGACUCAGCUCACACGCCGAUAUGGAGCUACUUCCACUGUUGCUCUCAGUCUGAAACAGAUUUUCCCGUGCUAGAAGAAGACAACAGCUUGGGGCAGGGCUUGCGGGAGCUGCACGACUUGUGUAUGGUAGUGGCUGCUCACAUGGAUAUGGUCCCUAACCUUCGCACUCUCGAUUUCCCGGAAGGAGUGAGACCGAUUUGGGAGAAGCUUCCAAACCACCUACAGAGUCGGUGGAGGAGCAAGGGGACACAGUUUGAAGCGACCCAUGGAUAUAAGCAUUCAGACUUUGUCAUUUUCCUCGAUUUUCUCAAUAACAUCGCGGAGCAAUUUUCAAAUCUUGCCAAUGCCAAAGCCCGAAGUUCUAUCGAACGGCUUGGAAAGGGAACUCGUCAGGCGUUAACGACCAUGGCCAUUGAGACCCCGGAUCCGAUGAAUGCAGAACCACCAAGUCCGAUGUUGACAUUUUGUUCCUCUCACGCUUUCGAAGGACAACCAGUGAGUGCAAGGCGUUUUCAAAGCUCAACGUUGAUCAACGACGCCAGAUGGCCGCAAAGAGACGUCUGUACUUUAAAUGUCUUGGUCCCCAUUUCGCGGGGGUAACUGCAAUUCAACCCACGCUUGCUCCCAUUGUCACUCGCUUCAUCAUCAUUCCUUGCUCCAAUUUACAACGGGUGGAGCUUAUGAGGGCUUGCCGAUGCGCACGUCUCCAAUAGUGACCAAUCAUCUCGAGAGUCUCUUUCCCAAACCGCUUCAAGGUAACGUGAAUAUUUCAAAGACGUCUACUGCUCGGUUUUCUGUGGAAGAAGGGAAUCAGGGUUUAGUUGUGGAAAAAAACUUGUUAGUCGACCCAAGUCUCCCAGAACAAUCCGGGCUUUACCUCCGGUGUCAUGCUACCCUUGACGAACAGUCGAACUCCUUGUUUGUUAACCCAUUUGUAGGUAUUUGACUACUUCGCCGUGUCCUCGCCAAGCCAUUCAUAAUAUACGUAUGUCUACACUAAGUGGGCACAAGCACCGUCAAGAGCGAAGAAUUCUCCGUGGACUCUUGGUAACGGUUGAUAAUGAAAAAGAAAGCUUCUCGCUACCGCCCGCCCUCAAAAAUGAGAUGAUCCCCAAUACUAAGAGAGAAGUGGCCACCCUUUCCAUGGUCAGGGCUCAUCGUCAUAUCGCGCAUUUGGUCAAGCACUUCCUCAGUAUUGAUCAGACUUCUCCGGUGUGGGUUCUCAUUGGCCGUGAUGCUGGAGAUGCCCUGUCAACAAAGCAAUUUGGGAAGCACUUCCCAUACGCACAUCACAGUUUUUGGUGCCAGCGUCACUGUGAUUUUUCUCCCCGACUCCACAUCAGAUCAUAGGCCCUUGAUCACGAAAGUUCAAAAGUAAAAGUCGUCAGACCUACUCACCACAGUUCUUAGCAUAUGUCUAAGCGUGUUUUAGAGGAUGCAUUAAAUGGGUGGAACUGGCACGAAAUUUAUAAGUUGGAUGACGUGGAGAGCAUCCAUCACUUAUUGGCCCUUCGUACUGGUGUAGAGCCUUCGGAUGAUCACAACCACUAUCGAACAUUCAUUACCUUUGGCCGGAAGCCACGCAAGCUUCAUGCAGGGGCCCUCCAACACGGCAUAGUUGGCUCUAACUAUGACGAUGAGUUGGCUGGAUGUUCACAAGAGGACCGGCGAUUCUUGAGUAUUGUUCAGCAAGGUGUACACGUAAACGAGAAAGGAAAUCUGGAAAUGCCUCUCCCAUUCAAGAAAGACGACUCUCAUUUACCUAACAAUCAGAUCCCAUUUUUUCGUCGAACCAAGCGUACCUUGGACAAGUUCAGUGAACAAUCUCAAAGACUAGAGCCUUGUUUGAUGGCUAUGGGCACCGCUAUACGAGCAAACCACGUCGAACCCGUUCCUAAGAACGAUCUCAAGGUUAUGGAUGGAAAGGAAUGGUGUUUCCCCGUGUUUCCUGUUUUCAACCCAAAGAAAUCCAAACCACGCCUUUCUUUGACUGUUUGGCGGUCCAUAGUGACGUGAGCCUUAACAAGGAACUCCUGCAAGGUCCCGACCAGAUCAAUAAGCUGAGGGGCGUUUUAGCCCGCUUUUGGGAGGGAAAUAUCGGUUUUGUGGCAGACAUCGAAUCCAUGUUCCACUCCUUCCACUUGAACCAUGAACAUCGGGACGCUCUAAGGUUUUAUUGGUUCGCCGACAAUGACCCAUCCCGAGAGUUAAUUCAAUACCGUUCUCGCGUUCAUAUUUUUGAGAACCGCCCAAGCCCCGCGGUUGCCGCCUUUGGUCUCCACUAUGCCACGAUAUUUGGAGAAAAAAAGGCAGAUCUGUUACUCCUAAACCUUAAUACCGAUGGACAUUUUAAAGGCAAUUUGAAGAAAUAAAGGGCUGUGCAGUCAA